AACUGCAAAGCUUUGCAGUUUAAAUGGACGCGCUCAAGAAGUAAUCUUUCUUCAAUUUCAAAUGCUUUAUCUUCUGCAUCAAUCUCCAAAGACGUCCACAAAAUCCAUGCUUUGAUAAUUGCUUCAGGACUCGACCAAUCUUCUUUCUUCUCCGGCAAACUCAUUAGCAAAUAUGCUCAGCUCAAAGACCCCACUUCUUCUCUCUCGGUAUUUCACCGAGUUUCUCCAACCACCAACGUCUAUCAAUGGAACUCAAUCAUUAGAGCGCUUACCCAAAACGGAUUAUACUCUACAGCACUUGAUUUUUAUACCAGAAUGCAAAGGAUGGAACUUGUGCCUGAUAAGUUCACAUUCCCGUCGGUGAUCAAUGCAUGUGCUGGAUUGUUAGAUUAUGGGAUGGGGAAGUUUGUGCAUGAACAUAUUUCCAAGAUGGGUUUCCAAACAGAUUUGUAUAUUGGCAAUGCUUUGGUUGACAUGUACGCAAGGUUUGGUUACUUGGGUAAAGCUCGCAGGGUGUUUGAGGAAAUGCCUCAAAGGGAUAAUGUGUCAUGGAAUAGCUUGAUUUCUGGCUAUAGUUCAAAUAGAUAUUGGGAGGAAGCUCUGGAAAUUUAUCAUUGGUCAAUACUUGUUGGACAGGUACCCGAUUUUUUCACUGUUUCUAGUGUUCUGCCUGCUUGUGGAGGCCUGGUAGCUGUGAAAGAAGGGGAAGUUGUUCAUGGCCUAGCUAUGAAGAUUGGGAUCAAUGAGGAUGUUGUAGUAGGCAACGGACUUCUUUCCAUGUACUUCAAGUUUGAUAGAUUAAUGGAUGCAAGAAGGAUUUUUUAUGAGAUGGUAGUUAGAGACACUGUUAGUUGGAACACUGUGAUUUGUGGGUUAAUUCAAUUCAAUCUGUUUGAAGAAUCAACUAAGUUUUUUAUAGAAAUGAUGAAUAGAUUUACACCUGAUUUGUUGACAAUUACAUCUGUUAUCCGUGCUUGUGGCCAUCUAAGGGACUUGGAGCUGGGCAAAUUUGCCCAUGACUUAAUGGUGAGAAUCGGGUAUGGAUGCGACAUUACUGCAGGCAAUAUUCUUAUUGAUAUGUAUGGAAAGUGUGGU